CACCCCCACUCCCCUCCACCUUUUCCCCCCCUUUCUUUUCUUUUCUUUUUUUUCUUUCUGUCUUUUUCUUUCUUUCUUUCUUUCUUCCUUUCUCCCCGAGUCUUAUUAAUUUCUCUGUGGGGCUGCGGCUGGAGACCGCGGAGCGUUGGCCAUGGACGCUCCGGAGCUUUCACCACCGCGAUGGCUGGACAAGUGUGAGGAGAGCUGACAGUGGGGGAGAAAAAUAAAUAAGGGGACAGGAUCCGGGAGAAGCAGAGAAGCACUCCGCUCCCCCCGCCCCCGCCUUUCCCUCCAGAUUUGGACAGGAGGUGCAAGGAGACUGAAGAGAGAGCCGAACAUAGCCCGGCUUUGGAGGGAAGAGGCCGGAACCCUGCCGCCUCUUUGCAAUCAACUUUUUUUGGAAGCCUUUCUCUCCCCCCCUCCUCCUUCUUUCUUUUUAUUGUUGACCAACCAGUGAGAGAGCGAGCGAGAAAGUGAGGAGGGAGCGAGCGAGCGAGCGGAGCGGAGCGGCACUCCGGGAGCUGAGCUGCUCGGCGGUGCUCGGAGCACCAGCCGCACAGACGCGCACACUCCCAGCCCGCGCGCGCGCGCUCUCUCUACCGCGGUCCUCCCUCGUCCGGUCCGCGGCUCCCCGGGGGCCCUGGAAGCCCCCCGGAGCCGACUCGCUCGCCAGCCCCGCGCGCACCGCGCCCGGACCCCUCCAACCCUGACGACCCCCACCACACCACGCGCUCCCGGCUGAGGGGGGUAAAAAAAAAAAAAAAAAAAACAAAAACCAAAAACAAAAACCAAAAAAAAAAAAAAACAAAAAACCCAAAAAUCUGCUUCGUGUGCCCGCCAGGGGCUAUGCCAUUUGGACAUGUAACUGGCAGCGCGGGAUCCGAGACUUGCCCAAAAUGAAGCUGGCGACGGGACUGUGCAUCUGGGGGAGCCUGCUGGUGGCCGCGGGGACCGUCCGGCCCAUCGCUUCUCAGUCAGUGUGCGCGGGAACCGAGAACAAACUGAGCUCCCUCUCGGACCUGGAGCAGCAGUACCGAGCCCUGCGCAAAUACUAUGAAAACUGUGAGGUAGUAAUGGGGAACCUGGAGAUCACCAGCAUCGAGCACACGCGGGACCUCUCCUUCCUGCGGUCUAUCCGGGAAGUCACAGGCUACGUGCUGGUGGCACUGAACCAGUUUCGUUACCUGCCUCUGGAGAAUUUACGCAUUAUUCGUGGGACAAAACUGUAUGAAGAUCGCUAUGCCUUAGCGAUAUUCCUAAACUACAGGAAGGAUGGCAACUUUGGACUUCAAGAACUUGGAUUGAAGAACCUGACCGAAAUUCUAAAUGGCGGGCUCUACGUAGACCAGAACAAAUUCCUGUGUUAUGCUGACACCAUACACUGGCAAGACAUCGUGCGGAACCCAUGGCCUUCCAACAUGACUCUGGUGUCAACGAACGGAAGCUCCGGAUGUGGAAGGUGCCAUAAGUCCUGCACUGGUCGAUGCUGGGGACCCACCGAAAAUCACUGCCAGACUUUGACAAGGACUGUGUGUGCAGAACAAUGUGAUGGCAGGUGCUAUGGACCCUACGUUAGCGACUGCUGCCAUCGAGAGUGUGCCGGAGGCUGCUCAGGACCGAAGGACACUGACUGCUUUGCCUGCAUGAACUUCAAUGACAGUGGAGCCUGUGUGACUCAGUGUCCCCAAACAUUUGUCUACAAUCCAACCACCUUUCAACUGGAACACAACUUCAAUGCAAAGUACACAUAUGGAGCCUUUUGUGUUAAGAAAUGCCCACACAACUUCGUGGUGGAUUCCAGUUCUUGUGUGCGUGCCUGUCCCAGUUCCAAGAUGGAAGUAGAAGAAAAUGGGAUUAAGAUGUGCAAACCCUGCACCGAUAUUUGUCCCAAAGCCUGUGAUGGCAUCGGCACGGGAUCGUUGAUGUCAGCGCAGACUGUGGAUUCCAGUAACAUUGACAAAUUCAUAAACUGCACGAAGAUCAACGGGAACCUCAUCUUCCUUGUCACCGGGAUUCAUGGGGACCCUUACAAUGCAAUUGAUGCCAUAGACCCAGAGAAACUGAAUGUCUUUCGGACAGUCAGAGAAAUAACAGGUUUCCUAAACAUACAGUCUUGGCCCCCAAAUAUGACAGAUUUCAGUGUUUUCUCUAACCUUGUCACCAUUGGAGGAAGAGUCCUCUACAGUGGUCUCUCGUUGCUUAUUCUCAAACAACAAGGCAUCACUUCCCUGCAGUUCCAGUCACUGAAGGAGAUCAGUGCAGGCAACAUCUACAUUACUGACAACAGUAACCUGUGUUAUUAUCAUACCAUUAACUGGACGACGCUCUUCAGCACCAUUAACCAGAGAAUAGUGAUCCGAGAUAACAGAAGAGCUGAGAACUGUACUGCUGAAGGGAUGGUGUGCAACCACCUGUGUUCAAGCGAUGGCUGCUGGGGACCCGGGCCAGACCAAUGCCUUUCAUGUCGGCGUUUCAGCAGGGGGAAGAUCUGCAUAGAGUCGUGCAACCUCUAUGACGGGGAAUUUCGAGAGUUUGAAAAUGGGUCCAUCUGUGUGGAGUGCGACUCCCAGUGUGAGAAGAUGGAGGAUGGACUCCUCACGUGCCAUGGACCGGGACCUGACAACUGUACCAAGUGUUCCCAUUUUAAGGAUGGCCCAAACUGUGUGGAGAAAUGUCCAGAUGGCCUACAGGGAGCAAACAGCUUCAUUUUUAAGUUUGCGGAUCAGGAUCGGGAGUGCCACCCAUGCCAUCCAAACUGUACCCAAGGGUGUAACGGUCCCACUAGUCAUGACUGCAUUUACUACCCAUGGACAGGCCAUUCCACUUUACCACAACAUGCUAGAACUCCACUGAUUGCAGCAGGAGUCAUUGGCGGGCUCUUCAUCCUGGUCAUCAUGGCUUUGACAUUUGCAGUUUAUGUCAGAAGGAAGAGCAUCAAAAAGAAACGAGCCUUGAGGAGAUUCCUGGAGACAGAGCUGGUAGAACCCUUGACCCCCAGUGGCACAGCACCCAACCAAGCUCAACUUCGCAUCUUGAAGGAAACGGAACUAAAGAGGGUCAAAGUCCUUGGCUCGGGAGCUUUUGGGACUGUUUAUAAAGGAAUUUGGGUGCCUGAAGGUGAAACAGUGAAAAUUCCUGUGGCUAUUAAGAUCCUCAAUGAGACAACUGGCCCCAAGGCCAAUGUAGAGUUCAUGGAUGAGGCCCUGAUCAUGGCAAGUAUGGAUCACCCACACCUUGUUCGCUUACUGGGCGUGUGCCUGAGCCCGACUAUCCAGCUGGUUACCCAGCUGAUGCCUCAUGGCUGCCUACUGGACUAUGUGCAUGAACACAAGGAUAACAUAGGAUCUCAGCUGCUCUUGAACUGGUGUGUCCAGAUUGCUAAGGGAAUGAUGUACCUGGAAGAAAGACGGCUCGUUCAUCGGGAUCUGGCUGCCAGGAAUGUCUUAGUGAAAUCUCCAAAUCAUGUGAAAAUCACGGAUUUUGGACUAGCCCGACUCUUGGAAGGAGAUGAAAAAGAAUACAACGCUGAUGGUGGCAAGAUGCCAAUUAAAUGGAUGGCUCUGGAAUGUAUACAUUAUAGAAAAUUCACUCACCAAAGUGAUGUUUGGAGCUAUGGUGUCACUAUAUGGGAACUGAUGACCUUUGGAGGAAAACCCUAUGAUGGAAUUCCAACCCGAGAAAUCCCUGACUUAUUAGAGAAAGGAGAACGUUUGCCUCAGCCUCCCAUCUGCACUAUCGAUGUUUAUAUGGUCAUGGUCAAAUGUUGGAUGAUCGAUGCUGACAGCAGACCUAAAUUCAAGGAACUGGCUGCUGAAUUUUCCAGGAUGGCUAGAGACCCUCAAAGAUACUUAGUUAUUCAGGGUGAUGACCGUAUGAAGCUUCCCAGCCCAAAUGACAGCAAAUUCUUCCAGAAUCUCUUGGAUGAAGAGGACUUGGAAGAUAUGAUGGAUGCUGAAGAAUACUUGGUUCCCCAGGCUUUCAACAUCCCUCCGCCCAUAUACACAUCCAGAGCAAGAAUUGACUCCAAUAGGAGUGAAAUUGGACACAGCCCUCCUCCUGCCUACACCCCCAUGUCGGGAAAUCAGUUUGUGUACCAGGAUGGAGGCUUUGCUGCCCAGCAAGGAAUGCCCAUGCCCUACAGAGCCACAACCAGCACCAUACCAGAAGCACCAGUCGCUCAGGGCGCAACGGCUGAGAUGUUUGAUGACUCCUGCUGUAACGGGACCCUGCGCAAGCCAGUGGCACCCCAUGUCCAAGAGGACAGCAGCACCCAGAGGUACAGUGCUGAUCCCACCGUCUUUGCCCCAGAACGGAACCCGCGAGGAGAACUGGAUGAAGAAGGCUACAUGACUCCGAUGCGUGACAAACCCAAACAAGAAUAUCUGAAUCCUGUGGAAGAGAACCCUUUUGUGUCACGGAGAAAGAAUGGAGACCUUCAAGCUUUAGAUAACCCGGAAUAUCACAGCGCCUCCAGUGGCCCACUCAAAGCAGAGGAUGAGUACGUGAAUGAGCCGCUUUAUCUCAACACCUUCGCCAAUGCCUUGGGGAAUGCAGAGUACAUGAAGAACAGCGUACUGUCUGUGCCAGAGAAAGCCAAGAAAGCGUUUGACAACCCCGACUACUGGAACCACAGCCUGCCACCCCGGAGCACUCUUCAGCACCCAGACUACCUGCAGGAAUACAGCACAAAAUAUUUUUAUAAACAGAAUGGACGGAUCCGCCCUAUUGUGGCAGAGAAUCCUGAGUACCUCUCUGAGUUCUCCCUGAAGCCAGGCACUAUGCUGCCCCCUCCGCCCUACAGACACCGGAAUACUGUGGUGUGAGCUCAGCUGGGGUGUUCAGGUGGAGAGACAUGCCCACUCCAUUUCCCUCCCCCCUCCUCUUUCUCUGGUGGUCUUCCUUCUUCUCCUGAGGCCAGUAGUUUUGACACUUCCCAGUGGAAGACGUAGGAAAUGAUAGUUCUGUGCUUACCUAACUUGAACAUUAGAAGGAAAGGCUGAAAGAGAAAGACAGGAGGACACACACUGUUUCUUCAUUUCUUCACAUGGGUUGGUAAACGGAGUGUCAGUCAGAGCUAGAGAAGGUCUAGGAAAUAAAAGGCAAUACUGCCUGCUGUCAAAGAGUCCCAACUUUGUUCCCUUCGUACACUCUAACUUUCACCUUCUCCCCCUGGCCCCCGGCCCUCUCCCCCUUAAUCUAUCAACGAAGGUGAUUGAAAGCCCAGACUUUGUUCUCGUCUGCAGUCAUAGUCUUGUGCAUAUUCAGCAUCCCUGAAAUCAUACUAAAGCUUCCAUUAGAACAAAAGGAUAAACAUUUGGACAGCAUUUGAUAGUAACUGAGAUUGAGAAGCCAAUUUCUUUCUCCAUAGUUCUUUCUUGGCAAGUAAGAAUGGCUUUUAUAAUUUUUAAUUCUCCACUAUAGUUAUAACUAGUAAUUGUGUUUGGAAGGCAUCUCAGGAUUUUUUUUUCCAUUUUAAUUUGCUUUGGCCUGUUGCUCCCCUAUUUUGGCUCUGGUUUCUAGUUGUAAAGAUAUUUACAUAAAAGUUUCUUGAUAGUGUUGAAACUAUAUAUAUAUAUAUAUAUAUAUAUAUAUAUAUAUAUGUUGUUAUUUUAAAUAAUUCAGUGCUUAAAAUUAGAAAAGAAAGCCAGAUACUAGUAAAAAUAGCUAAAUCAGUUCUAGAUUUAAAUCAGUUCUAGAUUUCAUGUCUCUCACUACUGAAUUUAUUUUUCCCUGUCAUUUUCAUUCUUUACCAUUUUAUUCUUCUCCACAAAAGACUGUCUUUGAUGGGCAGCGAUAACCUCAAGAGUAGAAGAGAUGCUAAGAAACAGUUCUGUGUGGUUCAUAAAACUACUGAUACUUUCAGGGGUGGUCCCGUGGGGGAUCCAUGCAGUGGAAGAAACACUGGAUUGGGUACGUCUACAUGUAAGGUACUCAGAAAUGUAGUUUGCACUUAAGCUAUAAUUAUAUUUGUUUGGUUUUUUUUUUCUGAACUCCAUUUUGGAUUUUGAAUGAAGCAAUAUGGAAGCAACCAGCAUAUUAACUAAUUUAAGUACAUCUUUUUUAAAAGGAUCUAAGAUAAAGAAAGACUGUGGAAAUGCCAAACCAAGCCAAUUAGGACUUUGAACAGUGCCCAGGGAUGGUGGCGAGAGUGCCAGCACAUUGUCUUCAUCUGAUAUGGCGUUGGUGUGUAAGGAAGUAUGCUAAGUUUGUACUCUCUGUGUGAAGGAAUGCAAGUUAAGGACUGGCUUGAAUUCCAUGAAAUUUCUAGUAUGAGACUCUGUUUAUAUUGAGUAGAAGGUAACUUAACUCUUCACACCUAAGUUCCUAUAAUUAAAAGUAAUUCAUCAACAUUUGAAGCCUAUUGAAUAGGUCCACGAUUGAGUUAAGAGUUGUAAAUAAACAUGAAAAACCCUUCUCAUGCAAUUAUUUUAUUACCCAGUACAUUAACCUUUUAGUAAUCUAUGUAAGACUCUCUUCGUAUACUACCAUGUGUCCUGGUUGUAGAACUGUCUCUGCUAGGUUUAAUUUUAAAAGAACACCUAUAGGGUUAAGAUGAGUGAUGAGAACAAUGAAAAACGAAUCUCUAAGAAAGAAGGAAACCUAAUACUUCUGUCUUUUCUACAAAAUUCUCCUCCAAGCCAUUUAGGUUCUUAAACAUUUCUUUCAAUUGUUAAAGUAUUAUUGAAAAUUAUAGUCACUACUCUGAAAAAAAACUGUAAUCAGAUUAAAAAUCUUCUUGGUUAAACAAAGGGUACUUAAGGGAGAAAAUUUUUCAAAGAAGUUUAUGCUUCUACCUAUUUUGAGAAUGUAAAUUCAUUCUUCCCAAUCUGAUGUAUUCAAUUGAUAUUUACAUAAAGUCUCCUGUAAUUAUGUGGGGAGUGGUCAGAUAAAUGAAAUCAUCUCUCACUUGAAAUUUUAACAGUGUAGAUUAAUUUACUCCGACAUUCUUAUUUCUCCAUGAGUCAACAGAAUUAGAUUACAUUAGCUAUUUUGUGAAUGGUUUCAUAAAACAGCUUUUACUGGGAUGUAAUUUGAACAUCCUUCAAACUACUGAAGAUGACAAAUACAAUCACUUCUAUGUUCUUAUCCAGACACAAACUGGACCAAAAGAACAUCACUGGCAAACUGGCAUAUCUGGAGUCUUACCAUGAAACUAGCAGCAAGUGAAGAUCUUUGGCCAAACCCCUCGGAAGUGUUCGGUUUGGUCUCUUCUUAAGAUAGGAGAAGGGAAGCAAACUGAAAGUGAGAAGUAGAGACAGGAGAAGGGUUUGUGAGAUCUUGUUGAGAAAGCUUAACCAUGAAGUUUAACCAGAGAUAAAGACACAGAAUGAUCCAGGAGCUAUAGCCUUAAAGCCCAAAGCUCCCCAACCCAAUUCAGAGUCAUCCACAAGAAAAGAGACCACAUAUAGGCACCUAUUACCUAUGAAGAGUUAAAGUUAGAAGAAAUCUAUACCUGACCAUUAUGGCAGCACCUUUGGAAUGCUAUGACUUUUUCCUUUCGUUUAUAAUAUUUGUGUGGCUUCUACUGGGAUUAAGAAAGCAGGAUUGUUUAAUUUAUAAAAGAAAAGAGAUAAUCUCAACUGUUGAAGCAAUGUAAACCUACUCCAUGAUUGUUAACUUUUUCCUCCCUAAAAGCACAAGAUUUUGUAGUUCAACUCCGCUCGUCCUAGCCAUAGAAGCAAGUGUAAUUGAGAAUCACCCCAAAUGCUGAUUUAUCAUUCCCUUUUAUGAUUUUUUAAUAUAUGCUUGAUUUCAGUUUUUCAGCAUUUCUUGUUUGUUUUAGAUAUCACUAGCUAGACCUCAAGUUCCAGAGGGAAAUUAUUUAAUAGCGUAUUAGAGAAACAAUAGGUAGGAAUGGGGGAGGGGGACUUUCAUUUACUCAAGAGAAUAACUCUUUAAACCCAAUAAAAUGAAACUGUAAGAUGCUAAUUAAAGCCUACAUAUUGCAAUAGAAUAUCAGGUGCCAUUACUGGGCAUCACCCAUCAAAAUAUGCAGAACCUAUUUGUAAGUCUGAAUAAAAUCAAUGUUAAAAUUGAACUUAACUAUAUUUUUUAAAAUCAUCAAAUCACAACCAUCAAGCUUAUCUUGGGAAAUCUGAAUUUUAGGCAUACAAUUGUUUUUAGUGAAAUAGUCACUUAAGGAAACUGUUAUUAAGCAGAUGAGAAAAGAUGUCCUCUAAGUCAAGGGAAGUCCAGAGUCAUCAAACUGCUGCUACUGAAACAAGGCUGAUAGCAAAGAUAUUCCUGGCUUUCUGAAUUACACAGUAGCAUAGUUUAGGAUAGGGUUCUCUCUCUCCCUAGAAGCAUCCUUGAAACAAUGAAAACAAUGCAAAUUUCAAACAACUAAAAACACAAAGAUGAAAGACUUAUUAAGUAAGAGUCAGGAAGAAUAACUGUCAGGCUCUAACUUGAAAGAAGACGCAGGGGAUUUGUAAGUAUGUCUUUGUUGUCAUGUUUGAUACCUUUUGAGAAUGAUGCAUAUUCUCAACAGUGGAGAAAAGUUAGAGGGAUGUGAAGGUUCAAGGAUAGAUGAAGUUGGUGGGAUAAUCACUAUACUUCCUCAAGUGUCAAUACUAGAAAAAAUUUAAACAACAGUGUUUAUGCCUGACACAGAAUGAUGUAAAUACGAGAUCCUUUUGAACAGGCUUAACCUUUAUUUAAAACCUGGAAUUCUUUGUCCAUCUGUAAUUAUUGAUUAUUUAACUAGUACAUGUAGUCCAUAAGGUAAUAAAAAAGGUGACCACAAAAGCACGUGAAUAACAGGACACAAUCAUAACAAUGCUGUAAGACGUAGAAUUAGUUAAGGUUAUCAAAUUUUAAAUGCUUUUAAUAUUAAUAAGCAAGUCAAACUUAGAAAAUUAAUUGUGGAGUAUAAAAUAACAGAACAGAAUUCAGGCUUUGAAAGCGUAUGAUGGAUUUUGCAAAGUAAAUAAAAAUAAAUUUGCUGUUUGAAAUGGCUAGUGGGUGGAGUUGGCAGAUAGUAGACAGAACGUGGUUUCAAAUGGAAAACCUUGCUUUAAAGCGCUACACAUGACUUCUCUCUUCUUCUCUUAUUCCCUCAUUACAUUUUAAAUGUGUUACGUAUAAAGAGAUGCUACAUUUGGGGGCUGUUUUGCAGACAUCACUUGGAAGGGUUUAACAGGUAAAUAAAUCACAGGUGAGUUUAAGAGUUCUUCAGAGUGAGCAUCGGAAAUGAAAAGGGUCCAUUACCUUUUACAGGUGCAAAGCAAACAUCAAAAAGAAGAGCAUUAUCACUUAGAAAACAAACAAAUAUAUUUAAUUUAUAAUUGUCCGCUCUUUCCCCACCAUACCCUCUUGCCUACAUAACCAAUAUGGAACCCAUUACCAUUUUUUUUUUAUAAAUAGAUGCUAAAGCAAAAAUUUUAAACUAUUGAGUUGGCGUUCUUUUGGACUCUAGUUGUUAAACUGUUGAUUUGUUAGGGGGCAAUUAGGAAAUCCAAGAGCAUAGUUACUAGCAGUUUAAAAUCCAGACAAACCAGCUUCUACUGCACAGAUCAUGGGCAAAGAAUCCAGUGGUGCCGCUCUGUGCCUGAAGGGCAGUCCCACACUUGUGUAGACACAUAAAGGCAAGUUGGUAACUCCUGCUGGCCAUCAGCUCAAGAACGAAUGACAUAUGAAUAUAGAUGUGAAGCAGGCAUAAUUUUAGAAGAUCUUUGACAGUUGAGACCUUCUUUUUGGUGACUCUGAGGCCAGCCUUUAUGGUUCUGGAUCAAUACAAUUUUUUUUCUUUUUUUUAAAUCCCAGAGAUGCACUUUGAAGGUGUUCUCUAUGAACACAAAGUCUCGGGCAUCGGACCAGGCGCCCUGUGUUUGUAUAUAUACAGCCUUCUAACACCAGAGUCUCCCUGGUUCCUUCUUUAAAUGGGACUUUGUAAAAUGGUAAGAAUUUCAGACUCUCACUGUUCAAGUCCCACUCCUUCAGCAGACACAAAACAUGUGUCUUACCUCCCUUCUGGCUGAGAGAUGGUUUGGGCAGAGAAAAAUGAUUCAAGAUUCACAGGCUGAAAGACUGUUUAAGUCCCAUUUUCACAGAAACAUUCACAUGCCUCCCCUGGAAAGAAAUUUUUUGAAAGUCAGCUUUGCAAGUAAGUGAUCACCUCGUCAGAAACAGAAAUUUUUAUUUCCCUCUGAACUUUGGAGGAAAGCGGCACCUUUGCUUUCCUAUCUCCUACUGGAAUGAUGCCUUCCUCUUUUUUUUUUUUUUCCUAUCAUUAGUUCAAAGUGGCUUUCCUGUGCUGUUGUUUUUGUAAGCCAUAGUGGAUCAAUGAAGACCCACACACCCCUCUGAAAUACUAAACUAGCCUUUGCCCUCAAAUGCCUGAUUUUUCUAUUAAAAUAUCCAAGCACUCUAGAAAGUCUUUAAAUUGCUUCUCAAACAAAAGACAGAGCACACACACACACACACACACAAACAGAGAGACACACAUACAACUUUUUAGGGUAUUAAAUUUGUUUUUCCGUGACACUUGAUUCUCUCACUGUGCACUGUGGACUUCUCUGUAGGAAUUUGGGAUGAGUUAGCUCUGUAAAUGAAUCGCUAGACUCACAUUGUGUGAACUUCUAGAUCUUACAUUUAACCUUUCCAUGAAAACUAUAUAUGUGUAUAUAUAGUUUUAUGUAUAUAUAUAAAACUAAGUUAUUGCUGCCAACUAACUUAUUUACUUUGAUCACCUUGUUUUAUUCCUGAUAUAAAUAUUUUACAGCUGCUAGAUUUUUUUUUCCAAAUGAAGAGUUUUAUUAUCAUGAAGGUAGAAGCACUUCGCCUUUGAGAACUUCCUGUGACUUUUGUUGGAACAUCAUCCAUCUAACAAAUUUAUAAUAAGCACCGAUACCACUGUAAUAAAAGUCCAUGUCGACUGACAGAAUUCUACUCUUUCUCUACUUUAAGGAAAAUUUUCUUUUAGUGGUUUAGUGUGUUUUCCCCCACCAAUGUCACUAGAAGUGUUUAUAUUUGUAUAAAUAUACAGACACAGAAAAACAAGGUUUUGCAACUGUAGGCAAUAGUUCCAAUUUGUCGAAACCACUGUCUUUACUGCUAUUUUUAUCUCUGAUGUGUUGAUGUUUUUCCCCAGACCUGUUGCCCUUUUGAAGGAAAGCAAACCACAUCUCCUACCUAUUGACACAGAUCUGAUUUUCAAGUAUCAUUUCCAGUGUUUUUCAGUUAAUGGAGGGGUUGAACAAUUUUCCAUAACGUGAGAGUCACACCCCUGUGUAGUUCUGGAUAUCUCAGGGGCUGGGAGUGGGGAGUGAGGGGUUAGCAACCAUAGCACUCUAAGAACCCUUUUGGAAUUACUCCGGUAAUCAGCUAUGAAAGUUAUUUUCUAAGUGUAGAUAUAUGUAAGCCGUUCUUCUAAAGUAAAGUACUUCGAAAUAUGUAGCAUAAACUGGUACUGCUGUUAAAUGGGUCGACUAUUAAACUGAGCAGCUGUGCAAGGGCAGCUAACUUUGAACGCACACCUCACUGGCUGGCUUGUGUCCAUCUCGUCAUGGGAGCACCAACGCCUGCAUCGGUGCACGCCAAGGGUGUAACUUCACACGCUCCGGCUGCUCGAUCAUCUCUUUCUGAGUAUCAUUAGAACAAGAUCAAAUGAAAAUGAGAUUAACGUGCAAGAUAACUCAUGGCACACACGCAAAACUAGGUCACGUUAAAUCUUUCAAAAAUUCAUCUCAUGCACGCAUCACAGUAGUUGACUAGGAUCAGUUUGGGUGAUAAAGGGAGACAAUUUACAGAAAAGGCAGAGUUGUGUUCGUUUCCUUAUUUUCUUGACUUGUAAACAGAAAACAAGCCCUCUUUUCCUCUGAAGAAUCAUCAAAGGACAGGGCUGCAAAAAUAACUUGCUGGUAAGCCAUCAAUGUUUCAUUUAAAUCCCAGCAUUCAAAGUUAGCUGCCUUUUUGAAAUAAACAAACAAACAAAAAAUACUACUGUAUGUUUGAAAAUGUGAAUAGUAUUUUUAUAGCUUGUUAAAGACAUGGCUAGCUGCAUUUGUAAAUAAGUAUAACGUUGCUUUAAUUUUCUUUUGUGAACACUUUUAUUUGGAACAUAAUUGUCUUUAGGGUUGAUUUGUAUAUAAGUAAUUGGCUUGUGAUUGUUUCAUUUUUGGUUGGAAGUUAUCAUUUUGACAUUACCUGUGAUUCUGUGUUCAGCACUAUUGUGAUGUGUCCAACCUCUGCACUCGCUUACACAAUAGGAUAUGCCAAUUGUGUGUGGUAAAAUGUUAUUUUCGUUUUUUUUUUUUUUUUUCUAUUUUAUCUAUGAAGGAUUAUGCACUUAACACAUACUAACUUUUUUAAUGUUAGGUAUAUUUUUAGUAUAAUUUCCCUAUUUUUCUCCUCCUCCAACCUUUCAGCCUCUUCUCCCUCCUUUUCCUGCUUUCUGUUGUUAUUGAGGACGAGGGAGAAACUGUAUUUUAAAUUGAUGUAAUUAGGCUUCUUGAGUGAGUUCUCAAGGAUCCUCUUUUGACUCUUGGGAAAGAAUUGUGCCUGCACA